UUGUCCUGUUCCUUACUUGCCUGCGCGACCACUAUUCUUUCGCGCUCGCCCCUUCGCCCGCCGCGCGCCCGCGAUCGUUUUUACGGCAAAAUCCCUACGCCCGCAUUCCAGCUAGGAAAGCAUGUGCGACUUGCCCAAGCGAUACGGCCGGUAACACUGAGUCAAGCGCUUGCCAGUCGCCCACCAUGAGCGCUUUCCGAGACAUCAUGUCCACAGUCGGAGGUGGAGGAGCGAAGACAGCAGUCGCUCCCAAAUCAACGCAAUCACAGCCUACCGGAGCCUCGCAACCUACCCCGCGACCAGCUGCGGGUACAAACGGGGCGCCGCCGGCACCACAACUUAAGCGCAAGGCAUCAGGGCCAGCAGACAACAGUCAAGUCAAAGUCCAGCGUAAAGACAGUCCAGCACAGCCUGCGCAGUACACUGGCACUGCUCGUCCAACUGCUGCCCCUAAAGCAGCAAGGCUGACCCAGCCUACCACAACAACCGUACCAUACCGUGGAACAGCAGCACCGUCUUCGACUAAAACCGCAACUACAGUCGCAAAGAAACCCUCAGCCCCUGCAGGCAUUGUACCUGGCCCUCGGAAAGCAACUCCACCCGCGCCGAAGCCUGUCUCUGCAGCCACGACAUCGACCGCCACAGCGUCCACAUCAAAACCCAAGGGGUAUCUUGCUCUUCUUCAGAAAGCCAAAGAGAGGGAUGCUACCAAGCCUGCGGCGCCUCCAGCCACUGUUCCUUCGAAAGGCUUCAUCCCGACAAAGAAGGAGCGCUUGGCAUUGAAGGCAGAAGCAACCGCAUCCAAGGGGAAGAAGCUAAGUACAUUACCGGCAGCAAAGCCAACAGACGCGAAGAGCGACGCUUCCAAGGCCCAACGGAAGCCGACAGACGCGGGGUACCAGGGUACUGCACGUCCUACCAAGGCCGCUGCACCACUCGGUUACAAAGGAACCGCCCGCCCCCAGAGUGCAACUACACCCUCCAGCAGGGGCGGUACGCCUGCAUUCAAGGCGAAGGCGAAGCAGGAAAAGGGCCGUUACGAUGGAUACGCCGACUGGUCUGACCUUGAUGAUAUGGAAGAUGACGAGGGCGAUUACGCUUCCGAUGGAUCAUCUGACAUGGAGGGAGGCAUUUGGGACGUCGAACAAGAAGAACAAUUAGCUCUCAAGGCUGCAAAAAAGGAGGAUGCCGAAGCAUUAGCAGAGGAGACGAGACUCAAACGAGAGAAAGAAGAGAAGAAGCGAAAGCUAAUGGCGCUGUCGAAGGCGGCUGCGGCCAAGAAGAAAUAUUGAUUCCCUUUUCCUCCCUUAGGCGUUUCUUGGAUUACACGGCAUACCACAUCAUACCAUACCGGGGCACGGGGCGUUCACUGCAUUUCGGCGAUUGCAUAGCUAUGGAGCGACUUGCAUUUUCUUGGUCAUCGGCGCAUACACGGUGCACAUGAGCUUGGUUCAUCAACGAUUGUGUUAUUACAGAAGGUCCUUCUAGACUUGGCCACCCAUAGUGUAUAGUUCAGAAGACUGUUGGUGACACACCUCGGUCGAGCGA